AGUUCCAAAGCUUUUGAAUAUUUUUCUGCUGAACGCCUUCUACAGUAGUGCUCUUUCGGAACAUGUUUGGUGUUUUGACAUCACAUUUGGUAGCGUCUUUCAUUUAUGCUACCUAUCGCUAGCUGAAAUUGACCAAUGAGGCUUUUUCUUCCAAUGCAAUACCACUCAUCAUUUGUCAGAUCCAGGUUGCUAUGUAACAGCUACAGGUGUGCUCAGUUAUAACUGUUGAGUCUGCUGAAUGCAGUCAAUACAAUUAACACAAAUAAUACAAAGAUUUAACAAAACAGAAUAGGUAUAUGUAGGAAAAAUCAAAAUGAUGCUAGGAGCAACACCAGCUGAAGUGAAUCCAAAUAGUUAUUGGCUAAAUAGUCGUGGCAUGUGGCUCACUUAUGGUUUAGGUGUUUUAGCACUCCAUCUGACUCUUCUGAGUUUUCCUUUUCUUAGUGUAGCUUGGGUUUGGACAUUAACUAAUAUCAUUCAUAAUGCAGCAAUGUUUAUUGGACUUCAUAUUGUAAAAGGAACACCAUGGGAACCUGGUGAUCAAGGAGAAGUGAGGCAGCUCACUCAUUGGGAACAAAUAGAUAAUGGUGUUCAAUUUACAGCUACUAGAAAGUUCUUGACAAUGGUGCCAAUCAUUUUAUUCUUUUUGACAAGCUUUUACACGAAAUACGAUUCCACACACUUUGCAAUCAACUUCGUGUUCCUAAUGCUUGUACUGCUACCUAAGCUUCCUCAGUUUCACAUGGUGAGACUUUUUGGAAUAAAUAAAUAUUAAUAUGGCAUCAACAAAUGGACUGACUGAUACCAAAGAUUUAUCAAUUAACGCACGCUGUGUUUUGAGGAAAGUGCGACAUAUAGUAUAUCUAUAUAAACGUCACGGUUGAGGGUUUCCUUUGUAAACUUAUGCUUCUCCCUCUGUUGUAAAAUAAGAUGAUAAACAAUUAUGAGUCCCCUAAAUUCACAAAUUUUUAACUGUGUAAAAAUUAUUAUGGGGAUAAGUAAAAGGAUUUAGUACUUCCUUUAAUACAAUGCAAUUUAAACUGUAUAAAUAUGUUAGUUUAGUGUGACUAUGUUAUAUAUAUAAAUAUAUAUAUAUAUAUAGAAUAUGUUAAUCUUUUUAAAAAUAAGCUGUUAAAAUAUAUUUUCAAUGAUGUUGAUAAACUAAUUGCUUGUAAUAUGAUUAUAAAAACACAAAAAUUUGUGAAAAAUUACAAAUUGCAAAAUUUUCUUUUUCAUUAUUGAUUUCAGAAUUAUAUUAUUUAAAUAAGCAAUAACUUUUGGUAAAGAAAAAAACUCAGAACUGUGAGAAACAGCAUUCUGAUAUAAUUUUGUGAGUUUUUACAUUAAAAGUGGAAAAUGAAAACAAAAUUUUCUCAGUAGUAUUCGGGAAGUUUACAAAAUUAUUGUUACACAACAUAAUACAAAAUUGGUUUUUAAUGUUUAAUAAGUGGAAAAAAUUUUUUACAUAAAAAAAAAAAAAUUUAAAAUUGUAUAGUAGUAAAUAUGGAAGACGAUUGUAUUAAAAAAUAAAGAUUUUUGAUUUAACCACCAUGUAUAUUUUGUAUAUCCAAUAAUGAAUAAUGCAUAAUAAUCGGGUGAACUGAAAAACAAAAAUUCAUUUAUGAAUUAAGAACUAUAUUUUCAAUGGAAAGUGCUUUUGAUGUUCAAUAAAAUUCAAUUCAGAUUAUUGUUUGUAUUUUUUGGUAUUAGAACUAUAUUAAAAAAUACAAAUUUUCUCUGUAUUAGUUUGAUUGAAACAUACAUUCUUGCUGUAUGUAUUUUAUUAUAAUAUAUAGUGCUAUGAAAUAACCUAAUUGUUUUAUAAAUUUUAGUUUAUGGAAUUUUUAGUAAACAUUAUUUAUUUGAAAGAUAUAUUACACUUUUACAACAUGAUGACAAAAGUAGGGUGUGAAAAUAUCAGUUUCUAACUUUAAAUUUAAAACUUUUAUUUCUAAUUAGAAAAUUAUUCAUUGUCAUUAGAGAGGUUGAGGCGCAUGUUUUAAACGUGUACGUGUGACGUUCAGCGGCGCUUUCCCG